GCCCAGGAUGCAGGGCUCAGCUGGAGGGCAAUGGGAAGACCUCUGUCUGUUCCUCAUAAUAGUGACAACUUGUUAUUAGUACUUACCUUCUUUACCCGAGCCAUUUCUGAUGCUAUGAAGGGUUUAUCAGCCUGACUGUAGUUCAGUUCCUCAUUAACUGGGGUCCAGCUCUUGGGACGUUGCCCAGACAAAAGCGGUGACCGAAGAACUUUGUCACCUCGCAGUUCGUUGCUCGGGACAGAAGCUCAAUGCCUGCUCCACAUCGGCACCCCCAAAUGCCCCCGGGAUGCACUGCGGUGGCUGGGUCGGGUGGAGGGGCCACAGCCCCUUUUUGGGGGGGACCAGGAUGGGCAGAGGGGUGACACACUGUCCUGCCCCUGGGAUACUGAGGUGGUUUAACCCCAGCUGGGACCACACAGCCCCUCGCUCACUGCCCCUGGCUGGGAUGGGGGAGAGAAUGGGAAGAGGAACAACUUCUGGUGCUCCCCAGGCCACUCCCUGGUGGCGUCUGUGUGAGGAGCAGACCAGGCCUUGGCAGCACCCGAAGUCAACCCCAUCCCAGCUGAAUCCAGGACAGAUGCCCAUUGCUGCUUCGCUUGGGCUGCCCAUCCCCCUGGGGAGAGCCUGGCAAAGCCGAGCUCGGCUCCUGCUGGGACGAGGGGAGAGGAGGGGAACCUGCACCAGGGUGGGCAAAGGAGCGGAGGAGGGAACACUGAGCCCAUGUGGGGUUUGGGCUGAGCUCCCUCCUCCUUAGAGAAGGUACUUGGCAAAUGAACUCCUGAAGGGAAAAAAGAACACUCUUCCACUCAGUGUUAGUCUAUUUCCAUCACACCAAAAGCCCCUUCCCUUGCCUGCUUUUCUUUUUCCUGCUAAUUUCCCAGAACGCAGCAUUUGAGAGUCCUUCGGUCUUCAUGUGCAGAGCAGCAAGAAGCAGAAGAGCUUGGUUCUGGGUCAAUGCAGUGUGUCAUGGGAGAAGGGAAGGGAUUCCAGGGGGAGAGGAAUGGGUUCUGCUCCAGCAAUGGGAACAUGGAGAUAGCCCUGAGUCCCCAGGAGGGAGGAGAUUCCCACAGCCCGGAGGUGCCUGGGGCUACAGACAGAAGGAUGCACAGAGGAGUCCUGGGCAAGUGGCACAGACUCCAUCCAGUGUGUGUCCUGGUGGUGUCUGUGCUGGUGGCUCUGGUCCUGGCUCUGGCCGUGGCUGUUGCUGUGCUCUCAGCAAGAACAUGUGGAGGGGAUCCAGCUGUGCCUGUGGCUCCGGUGCUGGCGUGUCCUGAUGGCUGGGUCGGGUACCACAAUGUCUGCUACUACCUCUCGAGGGACCAGGGGAGCUGGGAGUGGAGCCAGGAGCAGUGCUCCUCGCGUGGGGCCUCGCUGGCCGUGCUGAGGAGGGAGUGGGAAAUGCGGUUCCUCUCGCUCCUCAAAGGUGACAUGGAUCCCUGGACUGGGCUGCGGAGACGGGGCGAGCACCUGGAGUGGGUGGACGGCAGCAGCUUCAACCAGACCAGUUCCUCUCGCUCCUCAAAGGUGACAUGGAUCCCUGGAUUGGGCUGCGGAGACGGGGCGAGCACCUGGAGUGGGUGGACGGCAGCAGCUUCAACCAGAUGUUUGAGGCGCGUGGCGAGGCAGAGUGUGUGUAUUUGUUCGACCAUGUUUUGGGGAGUACAGACUGCUCACAGCUUCGGCCAUACAUCUGCAGCAAGCCCCAAGUGCCAAGGUGACAGAAGUGGCUGAGAAAGGACCUGCCCUAUGCCCCCUGACAGAGCCCACAGGCCCCAGGGACCCACGGCCGUGCUGGGGAGAGAAGGAGGUUUCCAUCGCGGCUGCCGGGGACUCAAAAUCACCGGGUUUCCACCUAAAAUAUCCCAGAAGAGCGUGGCUGAGCGUGUAAAAUUGCUUCGCGGCCUCGGGAAAGGCUCCUGAAACUCUGCGAUUUCCACCCAGAACGGCGGCGCUGGGUCCCGCGGCAAGAGAUGUGAGGGGCAGGUCCUGAGGUAAGUUUGAAUGCAGGGUCCGAUUGGCUGUCUUUCCCGCCACUCGUCUUCCUUGCGCGCUGAUUGGGCGGAGCGGUGGGCGGGCUGUCUGAGGUCUCUUCAGCCCUGGGGAAUUAGAGCUGGCUUCCACGUGGCAAUUUAAUGCUUUGCAUUCUGUCUGUAUUUAGAGCUAGCCGCAAGAAAAAGCAAAGCAUAGUAAUCACGUAUCUAAUAAUAGUAAAAUGUGAUUAUAUGUAUUCUUGGUUUCUGUUUAAGUAGGCUUCUUUUCAUGUUUAUUUUCCCAUUCUCAUUCUCACCUGAGAAACCCUUUUCUGGACCUGUUUGCAGGGGUUGCUUUGAAAACAGGUGAGAUUUCAGGUCAGAUUUCAUAUGAAAUCUGACUAGUCCUCAGAGUCGACUGAGAA